UGAAUGUACGGUUUGCCCACGCAGUGAUGAGUAUUCGUCAGAGUAUCUAAAUGAAUAAUAAACUGAAAUUGUUUAUAAACAGGAACACUGAGUAAUAAACAACGUAAGCACACUUUCUUUGGUAAAACGUAAAAUGAAGGUGAAUCAUCAUGGGGAAGUUCGCUGCACGCAUAUUUUGUCAAUGGCAAGCGGUGCAAUUCAUACAUUCCGAAACCUAGACAAACCUAAUAAGGCACUCGUAAAAAAAAAAAAAAAACUACCGGAAACAUCUUCCUUUAGAUCAGUGAGUAAAAAUUACAAAAUAUGUGAACAUCGCAUUCUUCCAGUCUUCUAUCGCUUACCCACUGGUGAUGUAAUGCUUUUUUCCGGGAGGUUGGGUGUUCCAGAUUUGUGGGGGGAAAAAAACUAGCUAGAAAAAAAGCGAUUCUAUUGGGUAGACGAUUUCUUUAGGCAUAUUGUAAUUGGUUGGAAAAGUUUUUCAGGGAUUCCCACCCGACUUGAGCUUUAAAACAGUCUUUGUCAAACGCUUUCUCUGCACUACUACCAACAAGAUACCAACAGUGAGCAGACUGAAGUAAGCUUGGAUCGUGACCAUAUCGCCCGACUGUGUAAAUAACGGAACUAACCUGCAAUGGAUCUUAGCACGGGGAUGCAGAAGAUGUCGGUGGGGCAGCAGCCAGUGGGAAGGGGCGCGGCGUGUCUGACAUGUAAAGGGAUCUGCUCUGGAUUCCAGCCACAUUCCUGGAGGAAAGCCUGUGUCCUGUGCAAGUGUAGCCAGGAGGACCACGGACCAAGUUCGGACGUGGAGGACGACCGCAAGAUGGGCCGCCUGCUGGCUGACUCGCGCUACGCACACCUGACCACCAAAGUGAAGGGCGGCGACGGUCUCCGCGUCUACAAACGCAACCGCAUGAUCAUCACCAAUCCCGUGGUCUCUCGCAAAGACCCCACCUUCAACACCAUCACCUACGACUGGGCCCCACCUGGACUCACACAGAAACUGGCCAUCCUGUACAUGGAGCUGCUGCCGGAGGAGAAGAGGCCGGUGACGGGCACUGAGGGGGCCCUGUACCGGCGCAGGCAGCUGAUGAGACAGCUUCCUGUGUAUGAUCAUGACCCCGCCCAGUGCCACACGCUGUCAGAGGCAGAGGCCAAGGCCAUGACCCUGUUUGUCCAGAGCUACAAGCAGGAAGUGCUGGGUGUGGGGGAAGUGGCUCUUCCUGGGGAGGCGGGGCCUAAGGAUGAAGGGGCAAAGCAGAAGAAUGGAAAGAGCUCUCAGGAGCAGCAGGAGUCCCGCCCUACGGCCAAUGGCACCCUGGGAGACUGCAGCAAGAAGAGCCAAUAUCGUUGUGACCGCUGUGGGGAAUUGGCGGCCGAGGAUGGGCCCGUGGUGUACGCCGAACGGGCCGGGUACGAGAGGCUUUGGCACCCCACCUGCUUCGUGUGCGCGGAGUGCGGAGAGGCUCUGGUGGACCUGGUGUACUUCUGGAAGGACGGGGUCCUGCUCUGCGGCCGGCACUACUGCCAACGCGAGAGACCCCGCUGCAAUGGCUGUGAUGAGCUCAUCUUUACAGAGGACUACCAGCUGGGGGCAGACGGUCUGGCUUGGCACAAGGAUCACUUCUGCUGCUAGGAGUGUGGUCGGUCCCUUAGCACCCAGUGCUCUUGUAGCAGUCGUUCCAGACCUGUCUAACCCUCCACCCCAAUGGUUUAUUCGCUCGUAGGCCCACGGCACUUAAAACCUCCACUCCCCAUAGCUUGUGUGAGAGAGAGGAUAAGGCAUGAAUGAAAAAUUAGAGAAGACAAUUACUGCCAUCAACACUGGCGAGUGCAGAGGUAGCCUUUAUGACACAUUAAUAUCAAGGCAAAGUGUAAAUUUAGCCCGGUUGAAUUUAGUGUUCCAAACUAAUUACUGUAUGUGUAGUUGCCCUACAUUUUUGUCAUCCAUUGUCUGAUGUGAUUUGAUUCUAGGAGUGGGCUUUUUGUGACAAUCAAUUAACUGAGUGUUUGUCUCAAAUGUUUUAUUUUUGCAAUGGUUGUAUUAUAGGAGAACUUCACCCAAAAAUAUAUAUUUUAAGAUAAUUUCAUCUGUCCACCAAUAAUUUGAUUAAAAAAACAAACAAAACCCCCCACUGGUAUCAAAGCAUACCAGCCGUCUAGAUUUCUAUCUCCUUUCAUGGGAAAACCUGCCCAUGUGAUGCAUUUCAUCUCACCAUGGCAGCCACGCCCUUUUUCGAUGUAAUGGCCAUAGACGGCUGAGUCAAAGAGGCAUGUUAUAAAUGCUGGACAAAAGUAAGACAUGUAGACAUUAAAAAAGAGGAUUUUUAAAAAACUUCCCGCAGUGCGGGGCUUAAUUAAAUACAAUAACUUGGCAUUGUGAUGUAGUUUCCCUUUAAGCAGCUGCACAGUACUUGUGUACUGUACAUGUGAUGUAAUGCGCUAACUAGCUUGAGUUGGAGCAGCAUCAGGGAGGAAUUUGUGUCAAAGGGGUUCCCAUGUCAGGUGAUCCAGGGCAGGGUUUGUGGACCUGUGGCUCUGACAUAUCGGUGUCGUGUCCGCUGCUAUUGCAUGCAUGUACGAUGACUCCGUGAUGAAGCAUAUUUUGUCCCUGCCCUGUUGAGCAAUGCGAGCAGAAAGCUUGAUGUGAAUCCAGACAUUCUGGGGGAACGCUCUGAAGCCAAACCUCACGGCGAUUCGACACUUUACAGUCAGCCAAGAAGGGAGGUGGACAGACUAAAAAACAUUUAGCAGUUAAUGCUGAGAGACAGAUGUUUUGACCUAGAAAGGCUGUAUGUAAUAGAAGCAUUUCUCCUUGUUGCUGUUGAAAUAAUUAGCUUUUGAAUGCCGUGUGGGAACUGUAAGGGCUGGCAAAGCUUCUUUGGUUGUUGCUGAACAGGCAACCUGGCAAAAUGUUCACGAAAACAAAGCCAGUGCAGGUUGGUACGUGUGCUUGUACAGUAAGUAGUUGAUGGACAAGAGUGAUGUCUGAGUCCUCUGGAAGCAAAACUUUAUUGUCUUUUAUAUUGUCCUUUAUAUAGCACUUUGGUGAAUGCUUUGGUGAGUGUACAAGUUAAAGCAAAUGGUUUCACAUCAAACCUUGGCUUAUUUCCAGAACAGGUUAAAGCAGCUGUAAGAGUUGGUCCCCGUGUUUGUAAGGAGAAGAAAAGGGUGGUGCAUGUGUAUCAUUGCACUAAAGUUGAUAUCGCUUGGAAAAGUAAAGUUCACUUUUGCUACAUGCCGUGAACUUCACAUCAACCAGAGCACUUCUACACUUAAAGCAAAAAAUCUGUAGUGUUAUUUUAAUAUAUUUAUGAAGCAGUCUUGAUGUGCACAUAUUGGGAAGAGAAGAAAGUUAAGCUGUUGAAAAGCUGGUUAGAAAUGGCUUGACAACAUGGAUUAAUGACUCAAACUCUUCAUCCCUUUCACCUUGUAACAGGUGAGAUAUUGUAAUUAAACUAAACUGGAAUCAGUUGCUAAGACGCCUGGUAUCCUUUCUCUCACAGUCUCAGAACUCUUCUUUGUUUCAAAGGUUAGUUUAUUAACCUUGAAACGACAACAUAGUGGCCAUAUUUUUCACUUUUUGCAAACAUUUCAAGGAUCAUUAUUGCAAAGCAGUUGUGCAUUGUACAGUAUGUAUGUCUCACACUAGAAUGCUUGUGGGCCUGCACUUUUUACUUUGUCCUUUAAAGGCUUCUGUUUUGCUGUUCUAGCGAACUGGCUUGUUAAUGGUAUCUGAAGAAUGAAGCCAGGUUAAUGCAUUUUGUUGUUUGUUUUAAAACAGUUUGAUUGUGUGAUCUAGGGUUUCUUGCUAACAAAAGAUCAGCAUCACACAGCUUUACAUGCUCUGUGUUAUUGAUCUAGGAGAUUAUUUUAUCCCUUUAAGUUUACUUUGCGGUGAUAUUCCUGUUUACAGUACUUGUCCUUGCUUUACAUAUAUUUACAUAUGUAUGUAUUUUCUUAUACAAUUCAAUGCAUCUCACUCUAUUGAAUAUAAAUACAUGUGCAAAAAAUUGCCUUUUGACCUUGUAAAUGUUAAGUGUGAAUGCAUUGCUUCAGACUCUCCGAAGGUUAAUCAACUGCCUGGUUGUCAAUAAAAAUGCCAUGUAUUCAUUAA